AUGGUACUUCUGCUGGUGCUGGGGCUGGGGCUGAGCCUUGCUGCUGCACAGGACAACCUGCAGAUUGUCGGUCAGAGGCACUACAACAUGGCCAGGCUUUCUGGGAUCUGGUUCCCUAUGUUCAUGGCCUCAGAUAACAUGACGCGCAUUGGAGCAAACGGAGACCUGAGGGUCUUCAUUGAGAACAUUCACCUCUUGAAGAAUGGCAGCCUGCAGUUUAACUUCCUCUUCAUGGUGCAAGGAGAAUGUGUAGCUGUGACCAUGGUCUGCGAAAAGACUGAGAAUAAUGGGGAGUAUUCUGUCACCUAUGACGGGAACAACAAGGUGCUGCUCUCGGAGACUGACUACAGCACGUAUGUCACCUUCUACAUGCAGAACAUCAAGAAUGGGACCAAGACCCACGUGCUGGCACUCUUUGGGCGCCUUCCAGAUCUUAGCAAGACUUACCUGAAAAGAUUUGUAAACGUCUGCAAAAAAUAUGGGCUGGGCCCACAAAAUGUCAUCAACCUGUCAAAGGAAGGACUACGCUCCCUGGGGAAUCAGUGA